GCGGUCACCAUAGAGACGGGGACUGACAGCGAGCGGAAGAGGAAGGAGCUGGCCGGGCUGUGAGGUGGCAGCGGUUGCAGCGGCGGAGCCGGCGCCUCGGCUGGGCACUGGGGUCUGUUCCCCCUUCCCCGCCUUUCCCCUGCAAGGGCGACAGGGCGCCGCUCCCGAGCUCAGGAGCCGGUCGGUCCCCGCACCCUCGCUCCUGGACCGCGCUGGCCGCGUCGGCCACGCCCGGGCAGCCCUUUAUCCGUCCGCUGCCGCCCCCGACCCUGCCACAGGGGCCUCCCCCUGUGCUGUCGUUCGCCCGCUCGCGCAGUGAGGGCCCUCGCCCCGCCGACGGGCCCGAGAACAGUCUCUCCCCUCCUUUCCCAGCCGCGACCUCCAUUGCCGUAGCGCGCGGCGGGGACAAACCGAGCUGGGUCCCCCUGCCCCUCCUCAUCAGCUGCGUGACGCAGUCGGUUUUGUUUUCAGGCCAACGGCCGAAACUCGCUCUGGGCCUGCUUUCCAAGACUAGAAUUGGUCUUCGAUCGCUGGGAGGUAGAGUAGGGGCACCGGGCCUGGCGACGAUCACAUCCGAAGCCCGCCGAGCCUCCGUUUGUUUUCACAGGAGCCUUGCGUUGUCUCUAGCUGCUGCUUGACCUCUUGAUUUAGUUUGGUUUGGGUGCCUGGGACCCGGAUAAAACAGACAUCGAAUUGCUCGAACUCAGCAGGAGUUACUGUCAUUUGCCUCCUGGCUCAUAGAGGAAGGUGGGCAGCACCAGCUUCAACGCAGCUGUGAUUUGGAGAAGAAUGCCCUGCAGAAUGGCUCCAUCAGCCAUUGCGCUUCUCUGAGAGAGAGGCUGUCAGUGCUGAGUCACCAUAUCUGUCCACCUCAUUUGGAUGGGCAGGACUUCUGGGUGCCAUGAAAGUGGCUCCUGACCACACCUGACUGGGAGGAGGGGUUGCUCUGGCGGUGUGUUUCCUCAACACCCAGGAGUAGAGUGGAAAGGCGUCCCAGCCCCUUCCCUGUGCCUGCCUUCAGCAGCUAGUUGGCAGCCCCUUUGGCAAAUUGAGAGAGAAACUUGCCCUGAGCAAGGUGCAAUUUGGGAAAGGCCUACCGAGUCAGGCUUCUCUAGCUAGGGGCCAUUGCUCUGUUGGAGCAUGUGCUUUUCCCACCUCCUUUAUCAGUUGCUGCUGUCUCUUGACUUAAGUCCAGUCUACCAAUGCCUGUAGUCCUCCUUUUUGGGUUAGCUUUGACAGGAUUGAGUUUUGUUACCUCCCCUUUCUACUGGAAGACAGACCAUAAUCCUAAUAGUGAGUAAAACUGAUUGUAAUAUUUAUUACUAUUUGGACUGACGGUUAGGUCUGGCACCCUGAGGAGUGAAAACCAGGCAGACGCUGUCUGGAGAUGCUCGGCCUGGAAGUCUUGGAAAGAAAGCCCAAAGCGAGUUUCAGGCCUUACUCUCUUACUGACUUCAUGGAACUCAGGUUCCCUAGUUAGAACUGCUGGCCUACUGCUGGCCUGGCACCCACCAACCUGUUGAUCAAUCCUUGCAGUGGUGCCCUCUGGGGCAUGCACGUGGCAGGGCCCACCACCAUGAGACUGAGUUCCCUGUUGGCUCUGCUGCGACCAGCACUGCCCCUCAUCCUAGGGCUGUCCCUGGGAUGCAGCCUGAGCCUCUUGCGGGUUUCCUGGAUCCAGGGUGAGGGAGAAGAACUCUGUGUAGAGGCUGUCGGGGAACUGGGAGGGCCACAGAAUCCAGAUUCAAGAACCCGGCUCGAUCAAAGUGAUGAAGACUUUAAACCCCGGAUUGUCCCCUACUACAGGGAUCCCAAUAAGCCCUACAAGAAGGUGCUCAGGACUCGGUAUAUCCAGACAGAGCUGGGCUCUCGUGAGCGGUUAUUAGUGGCUGUUCUGACUUCCCGGGCCACACUGUCCACUCUGGCUGUGGCUGUGAACCGCACAGUGGCUCACCAUUUCCCACGGUUAGUCUAUUUCACUGGGCAGCGAGGGGCUCGGACUCCAGCAGGAAUGCAGGUGGUAUCUCACGGGGACGAGCGGCCGGCCUGGCUCAUGUCAGAGACCCUGCGCCAUCUUCACACACACUUUGGGGCCGACUACGACUGGUUCUUCAUCAUGCAGGAUGACACAUAUGUGCAGGCCCCCCGCCUGGCAGCCCUUGCUGGCCACCUCAGCAUCAACCAAGACCUAUACUUGGGCCGAGCAGAAGAGUUCAUUGGUGCAGGCGAGCAGGCCCGGUACUGCCACGGGGGCUAUGGCUACCUGUUGUCACGGAGUCUCCUGCUUCGACUGCGGCCACAUCUGGAUGGCUGCCGAGGAGACAUUCUCAGUGCCCGUCCUGAUGAGUGGCUUGGCCGCUGCCUCAUCGACUCUCUGGGCAUCGGCUGUGUCUCACAGCAUCAGGGGCAGCAGUAUCGCUCAUUUGAACUGGCCAAAAAUAGAGACCCUGAGAAGGAGGGGAGCUCGGCUUUCCUGAGUGCCUUCGCGGUGUACCCUGUCUCUGAGGGAACCCUCAUGUACCGGCUCCACAAACGCUUCAGUGCUCUGGAGCUGGAGCAGGCGUACAGUGAAAUAGAACAACUGCAGGCUCAGAUCCAGAACCUGACCGCGCUGACCCCUGAAGGGGAGGCAGGGCUGAGCUGGCCCAUUGGGCUCCCAGCCCCCUUCACACCGCGCACUCGAUUUGAGGUGCUGGGCUGGGACUACUUCACUGAGCAGCACACCUUCUCCUGUGUAGAUGGGGCCCCCAAGUGCCCAUUGCAAGGGGCCAGCAGGGCAGAUGUGGGCGACGCUGUGGAGACCGCUUUGGAGCAGCUCAAUCGGCGCUAUCAGCCCCGCCUGCGCUUUCAGAAGCAGCGGCUACUAAAUGGCUACCGGCGCUUUGAUCCGGCGCGGGGCAUGGAGUACACCCUGGACCUGCUGCUGGAAGCUGUGACACAGCGUGGGCACCGGCGGGCCCUGGCCCGCAGGGUCAGCCUGCUGCGGCCGCUGAGCCGGGCGGAAAUCUUGCCUAUGCCCUACGUCACUGAGGCCACCCGUGUGCAGCUUGUGUUGCCGCUCCUGGCGGCCGAAGCUGCUGCGGCCCCUGCUUUCCUCGAGGCCUUUGCAGCCCGUGUUCUGGAGCCGCGAGAGCACGCGUUGCUUACCCUGUUGCUGGUCUAUGGGCCUCGGGAAGGCGGCCGAGGGGCCCCAGACCCAUUUCUUGGGGUGAAGGCUACAGCAGCUGAGUUAGAGCGACGGUUCCCUGGGACAAGGCUGGCUUGGCUUGCUGUGCGCGCAGAGGCCCCCUCCCAGGUGCGGCUCAUGGACGUGGUCUCUAAGAAGCACCCCGUGGACACACUCUUCUUUCUCACCACCGUGUGGACCAGGCCUGGGCCUGAAGUCCUCAACCGCUGCCGCAUGAAUGCCAUCUCCGGCUGGCAGGCCUUCUUCCCAGUCCACUUCCAGGAGUUCAACCCAGCGCUGGCACCACAGAGAUCUGCCCUAGGACCUCCAGGGGCUGGCCCUGACCCCCCGUCCCCUCCUGGUGCUGAGCCUUCCCGGGGGACUCCCGUAGGGGGCAGGUUUGACAGACAGGCUUCCGCGGAGGGCUGCUUCUACAACGCUGACUACCUGGCGGCCCGAGCCCGGCUGGCUGGAGAACUGGCAGGCCAGGAAGAGGAGGAAGCCCUGGAGGGGCUGGAGGUGAUGGAUGUUUUCCUCCGGUUCUCAGGGCUCCACCUCUUCCGGGCCGUGGAGCCAGGGCUGGUGCAGAAGUUCUCCCUGCGCGACUGCAGCCCUCGGCUCAGUGAGGAGCUCUACCACCGCUGCCGCCUCAGCAACCUGGAGGGGCUGGGGGGCCGUGCCCAGCUCGCCAUGGCUCUGUUUGAGCAGGAGCAGGCCAACAGCACCUAGCGCGCUGCCCUGGCCUGGCCCCUCCUCGUAGUUCCCUUUCUGCCUCAGCCCUGGGCAGGGCAAGGCAAGAUGGACGGACAGAUGGAGAGCUUGUUGCUGUAUUUUUUUAACAAGAAAAUGUUAUUAAAAGCAUCUUCUGCCACA